AUGGAGGAAGCCAACGGGUCGGUCGGCAUUGUGACGGAAGAGAACGAGGACAACGUCGUCGUUGCGGAAGAUGGAAGCGAAGAUGCCGAACAUCUUCUCGCUGCGGCAGAGGGUGGAGACGCCGGCGGCGACAAGAAGGUGAAGAAAAAGAAAAAGAAGAGCGGAAGCAUGAGAAAGGAGAGGGAUGGAUCGAAAAAGCCGAAGAAAAAGAAGGAGAGGUCAAAGAGCAAGGCGCCGGUUCCGUCGCUCGACCUUGAGAUCAACGCUGACUCGGCCACCACAACCCCCUCGCACACCGACGCCGAAGAUGAUGAUGAAGAAGAUGACGAUGAUGCCUUCCUGCCCCGGCGCAGCAUCUCGGUUGACGGCGAGGAAAUCUUCACGGACGAGGACAUACAGAACUACCCCUUUUCUGAACCAGACGCCGACACCAACAUCUUGUUUACCGGGGAGACGGCCAAAACUUCCCGGCCGGUCGUGAAGGCCGGCACCCUCGAGAAGCUCAUCCAGCGCCUGACCUGGGAGGCCUAUCCUGACCCGGUGUACAUGAACGCGUUCCUGCUCACCUACCGGUCGUUCACGACGCCCCAGGAGUUGCUGCAGCUGCUCAAGCUGCGCUACAACGUGCCCCUUCCCACCCGCGCCACCUCCAGCGAACUCGAGCAGUUCAUCAAGGCCCACCAGAACCCCAUACGCCUCAGAGUGUUCAACGUUGCGAAGCGAUGGCUGUCGGACCACUUCUACGACUUUGUGGAGGAUCGCAACCUGGUGAACAUUCUCAACGACUCCAUCAUCCGCACGAUGUUGACCUCGCCCGAUGUCUCCAUGCAAAAGGCCGGCGAACAGCUGGCCUUGCUCCUCAAGCAGAAGGUCGACGGCAUCAAGAAGGAGAUGAAGAUCCAGUUCAACAAGCCACCGCCGCCCUCCAUUCUCCCGGCGGGCUUCAACCCCAACGGCGGCCGAGCGUCGGUCAAGUGGAUGGACGUCGACCCGGUCGAGCUCGCGCGCCAGCUGACCCUGAUCGAGUACUCGCUCUACCGGGCCAUCAAGCCGCAGGAGUGCCUGGGCCAGGCCUGGACCAAGAAGACGUCGCGCGACGACAAGGCCAAGAACAUCAUGAUGAUGAUCCAGCGCUUCAACCAGGUCUCCCACUGGGUCACCACCGAGGUGGUCAAGGUGGCCGACAUGCGCGCCCGCGCCGCGGUCCUCGCGCGCUUCAUCGACCUCGCCUCCGCGUGCGAGAAGCUCAACAACUACAACGCCACCAUGGAGAUCCUCUCCGGCCUCCAGUGCUCGGCCAUCUUCCGGCUCAAGCACACCUGGACCAUGCUGAAGAAGGAGCACAAGAAGAAGUGGAAGGAGGUCACCGAGCUCCUGGCGCGCGAGCAGAACUUCCAGAAAUUCCGGGAGCACCUGCACAGCGUCGACCCUCCCUGUAUUCCUUACCUGGGCGUGUACCUGACGGACCUGACGUUCAUCGAGGACGGCAACAAGGACUUCAUCAACGACUCGCUGAUCAACUUUGACAAGCGGAGGAAGAUCGCGCAGGUGAUCAUGGAGAUCCAGCAGUACCAGGCCACCCCCUACUGCCUCGAGGAAGUGCCCGCCCUCCGCGACUUCCUCCUCAACCUCGAGACCUUCGACGAAAACGAGGCCUACUCCCACUCCCUCCAGGUGGAGCCCAAGGGCAUGGCGCCGCCCAGCAAGGCCAUGGGAGCCUCGUGGAACGGGUUCAAGGCCAAGGCCCUCAAGAAGAUCGAAAAGAGCAAGCAGGCGAAGGAGUCGGCCGGGCAGAAGGAAAAGGAGGACAAGCCCGAUGAAGAAGAGGAGGAAGAGGAGGAGGACUGGGGCGAACUGGAGGUGCUCGACGACUACCCGUUCUCCACGCCCGACUCCAAGGACAACAUCGUACUCGACGUCGACGUGUCGGCGAUGAUCGAAGGCGCCGUGCCCACCAUCCGGACGGCCACGCUGGAGAAGCUCAUCGAAAAGCUCACCAACGAGCGCUACUGCGACCCGGCACUGGUGGACUCGUUCCUGCUGACGCACGGCAUGUUCAGCACGAGCGACCAGGUGAUGGCGCUCCUCAAGAAGCGAUUCACGGUGCCGCUCCCGCGGGACACGGCCAACAAGGACCUGCAGGACCGCUACCACCAGUCGAAGGUCCUGCCCGUGCGGCUGCGCGUGUUCAACAUGGCCAAGCACUGGGUCGACCGCUACAGCCACCGCUGCCUCGACGACGAGCGCUUCAUGAAGGAGGUGGACGACCUCACCCACAUCAUGGCCGACUCUGGCAUGGAGAAGAUCGCCGCCACGCUCAAGCACUCCAUCCAACGCCAGCGAGAGGGAGGCUACAGCUACGAGGCCGCGCGACGACAGACUCUCUCCGACCACUCGGCCACGGAGGCGAAAGUCGGCGCUGAGGAGGGCGCUGGCUUGUCGUUCGUCCAGGACGUCGACCCGGAGGAGCUGGCCUGCCAGCUCACACUCACCGAGCAGCGCCUCUACAACGCCAUCCGGCCUUACGAAGUCCUCGCGCACGGAUGCGUGAAGCGCGGGGAGGCGGGUCCGGCUAAGGCCGACACGCCGCAGUUCCACGCUCUGCUCGAGCACAACGAGCGCCUGUUCGGCAUUGUGGUGGCGUCCAUCGUCAGCCAGGACACGACCGAGGCGGCGACCGCGGCGAUCUCCAAGUGGGUGCGCGUGGCGGACAAGUGCUUGGCACACAACAACUUCAACGCGAUCGUGCACAUCACCAACGCCCUCCUGCAUUCCGACGCGGCCAAGGUCAUGUGGGCCGGGUUGCCGUUCACGACCAAGGCCAAGGUGAACAAGAUGAAGGACAUGAUCGACGCCGACAACCACUUCUCCAAGCUCCAGGACAAGCUCCACCGCAGCCAGCCGCCAUGCAUUCCUCACAUCGGUAACGCUCCGUCGUCGCACCGGGCGUUCGUGAAUCUGAUCGCGGAACAUUUCGAGAAGCUGCCGGACAAGGUGCAGGGCCUGAUCAACUUCGAGAAGUUCUCUCUCAUUUCGGCCGAAGUCAGCGAAUUCCAGCAAUACCAGCCCAUCCCCUACGCGUCGCUCCAGCCCUCCGGCACCGCCCAGCGCUGGCUGGCGUCGCAGCGCGUGCUGUCGCAGGAGGAGGUGACGAUCCUGGCGGCCAAGCUGGGCACGAAGCGGCCGGCGUCCAAGACCAUGCUCCUCACCAAGAUCGAGCAGCGGCGCUCGCAGCACUCGGGUUCGCCCAUCAACCUCGAGCGCUCCUCGUCCUUCUCCGGUGACUCCGCUUCGGUCGAAAUCACCCAAGACGACCUAGGCGAUGAGAACCGGGACGGAACGCUGGGCUCGUCGUCGUCGGGACUGGGCAGCAGUCCGUCGAUGACCAAGAAGCUGAAGAAGGCCUUCAGCAGCAGCAAGCCGUCGACCAUCUCCCGCACCUCCUCCGCGUCGGUCAAGUCGACCGGCUACAGUACGCCGCCGGUGUCGACGCCCGCGGGCGUGAAGGAGGAGUUCAUGAAGCUCUUCAAGCAGGACGUCGAGUUCAGGCAGGCCGUGCUGGCCGAGAUCGUGCAGUCGCAGGAGGUGCAGGACCUGCUGCGUACCGAGCGCGAGGAGGCCCAGCGCCACCUCCAGAGCGAGCUGAAGCAGUUCAAGGAGACCAUCCUCUCCGAGAUGAUCUCCUCCUGCUGCACCCUCUUCCAACAACAGCCGGGCGCUGCGCUGGCCGCCAGUGGAAGCGCGUCAGUUGAGGACAUGAAGACGGUUGAAGAGGCAGCGGUGGAGGAAAACGACAAGAAGGAGCAGGAGAAGGAGAAGGAGACUGAAGCGGCGGAGCCGAAGGAGGCGGCCGCGUUGGUCGAGAAUGGGGAGGAGAUGAAGCCCAAGCCCAAGCUCCACCUUCCCGACUUUGGUUAA